CGAGAGCUACGGCCAAAAGAGGAAAAUAAGUUCUAGGAUAGAGGGUUGUAGUUAAUACCAAAAAAGGAAAUAAAGCUAUCAUAACUAACAAAAGCUGGUGAUUACUCAGUACCUGUGUCAGAAAUUCGUUAUCAGGCUCAGGGUCUGCUGAGGUAUCAAGCUUUUUAACAGCAAGAUGUUUUCCGCUGUCUAGAAUAGCAUAAUAUACUCUCCCGUAUGAUCCUUCACCGAUCAAAGCUUUUGACCCAAAGUUGUCGCUCUUUUCUUUCAGUUCAUCAAGUGACAAUUCAGGUAUCUCAAUGGGAGGAGGUGCUUUUGUUGGAUCACUUUUGGUAUCAAAACCAUUUCCUGUUAACGAUGUGUUUACAAACAACUUUAGGCCCCAGCAACAAAAGAACAACAGGAGAACAUAGGAGAACUAGAAAGCAAUCAGGAAUGCACAACAAAAUCCCUUCUGAUAAAAAUUAUUUAUAAUAAAACUAACAUAAAUACCUAGCCCAAACGUUACAGGGUUCUGAUAGGAAAAGAUAAUCUGGAAAGGUGUUGACAUAAUCCGAAAAGGUGUUGACCAACGACUAUGCUGAAAAUUCUCCAGCAAGCAACGGUGAUUGCUAAUUCCACCAAUUUCAGAGUUCAAAGUUACUACGGGGAUGGUAAAAAUCCAAGAGAUCACGGGGACUGGGAGACAGAGAUGGGGGAAUCUGAGGUAAGGUUUGCUCGCCAUUCUCCUUGCAGGUUAAUCACAAUGAUUUUCCAGCUUGGAAAAUGUUGUAGGGAGCUAUUUUCCGUAACGACAGCCUCGACACCUACUGUCGGACGGCGCGCAGCCGUACCUGGUCAACAUCCAGUUCCAGAAGAAGGUGCAACUGCAGGGAAGGAGGUGUUCAGAGACACGGAUCUUUCUUCACACAGCGAGGACGACGACGAGUUGAAGCAUCUCAAAAGGACAGUUAGGAGCUGGGUCUGAAACCCAUCUAUUUCAGGUUUCUGAUGCUUGUGGCCUGUCACAACAUCGGACCUACCUCCUCUUUUCUUACUUAACUUAUAACCCUGCUACAACAAUUCUGGAACAUCACAUGGUAUGGCAAAAA